CCCCCCCCCCCCCCCCCCCCCCCCCCCCCCCCCCCCCCCCCCCCCCCCCCCCCCCCCCCCCCCCCCCCCCCCCCCCCCCCCCCCCCCCCCCCCCCCCCCCCCCCCCCAACCCCCCCCCCCCCCCCCCCCCCCCCCCCCCCCCCCCCCCCCCCCACCCCCCCCCCCCCCCCCCCCCCCCCCCCCCCCCCCCCAACCCCCCCCCCCCCCCCCCCCCCCCCCCCCCCCCCCCCCCCCCCCCCCCCCCCCCCCCCCCCCCCCCCCCCCCCCCCCCCCCCCCCCCCCCCCCCCCCCCCCCCCCCCCCCCCCCCCCCCCCCCCCCCCCCCCCCCCCCCCCCCCCCCCCCCCCCCCCCCCCCCCCCCCCCCAACCCCCCCCCCCCCCCCCCCCCCCCCCCCCCCCCCCCCCCCCCCCCCCCCCCCCCCCCCCCCCCCCCCCCCCCCCCCCCCCCCCCCCCCCCCCCCCCCCCCCCCCCCCCCCCCCCCCCCCCCCCCCCCCCCCCCCCCCCCCCCCCCCCCCCCCCCCCCCCCCCCCCCACCCCCCCCCCCCCCCCCCCCCCCCCCCCCCCCCCCCCCCCCCCCCCCCCCCCCCCCCCCCCCCCCCCCCCCCCCCCCCCCCCCCCCCCCCCCCCCCCCCCCCCCCCCCCCCCCCCCCCCCCCCCCCCCCCCCCCCCCCACCCCCCCCCCCCCCCCCCCCCCCCCCCCCCCCCCCCCCCCCCCCCCCCCCCCCCCCCCCCCCCCCCCCCCCCCCCCCCCCCCCCCCCCCCCCCCCCCCCCCCCCCCCCCCCCCCAAAACCCCCCCC